UUCUAUUAUCCUGUCUCCCAGUGUAGACCAGAGAGUGAUGCCUUAACAUUCAUGUAGCCUGUGGGAUUUAAAAUGCAGCAAAACUUGAAGCAUUUUUGGCAAAUCUAUUUACCUUGGACAAGAUUAAUACAGGAGAUAAGUGAUGUGAUUAUAAAGUAAUAAGGCUAGAAUAUUAUGUCAUUCUCUGGAUCCCAGGGUGGUUGGAUUUAAGGCACCCUAAGAAGUUAUUACAAAAAGAGGUUUUAUAUUCCUGAAAAUGCCUCUCUGGAAAGGAGCAGAUGAAAAAACAGCUAAAAUCCAUGUUUCAAGCAAAGAGUGUGAAACCUCUCCAGGAAAAGUAAGAGAGAAAUUCAGCCACCUGAAGCAAAGGUCUCCUCCCGCAGGCCAACCCCACUUGUCCCAGGAGGAAACUGAAGUGAUAGAACAAGCAGCUCAGAAGGAAAAGCUGCACGCAGAGCUUAAGAAAGUUCUGCUUCUAAAGGGACAAAAAGCCUCAGUGGAGCAGGAACCAGCUAAAAUGGAAACCCCAAUCAAGAUUACAGAGGAGAAACUGAAAGCCUCAGAGAUGGUAGAGGUUAUUGUAGAAACUGAAGCUAAAGCUGGUAUGAGUGGCAUCGUCGUUUCUGGAGGUGGCAAAGAGGGACUGAUAAUCAGAGAUGUUGUCAAGGAUUCACCUGCUGCUAAAACUUUGCCCCUUUUGGAAGGAGACCAGCUCCUAAGUGCACAUGUCUUCUUUGAGAAUGUCAGAUAUGAAGAUGCUUUGAAGAUACUUCAGUGCGUGGAACCUUAUAAAGUCUCAUUCUGCCUAAAACGGGCUGUACAGUCCUCAGAUGUCACAGUGUCUCCAACAUCUGGAAGUGUAGAAGUCAAGGGUCCAAAGCCCAAGAUGCCCAAAAUGACUGUUAAAAGCCUCACAUCAUUGAAAAAGAAAAAGAAGAAGGAGCCCAGUCAAGUAAAGGGUUAUGAAGAAGUCUCUAUAGAAGCUCACAAAGGUGCAGAAAUAUCUGUUGGCAGUAUGGAUAUUCCACCUGUCGAUGUGGAGUUUUCAUUUCCCAAGUUCUCAAAGUUGAUAAAAACCAAGGGUGCAGUGGAGACUACUACUGACAUCAAAAGUGCAGAGGUUUCUGCUAAGAUAUCCACAGCAGAAGAGAAACGAUUGAAAAUAAAAUUCCCUAGGCUUAGAGUGAAAGAUGCAGCUUCGGGGGUCAAGGUGACAGCAACAAAAGCCAGUACUGCAGUAGAAGAAAAAGAAAAGGAGACCUCUAAAUUUGGAUUUUCUGUUCCUAAAAUUGGAAAACCAAAAGUAGAUGUGGUGGUGCCAAAGACAGAAGUAGAACUUUCUCCACCAAAACUAGAAAUGGAAGGAAAAAUGAUUAAGGCUCCACAAGUUGAAAUAGAUAUUCCACUACCAUCAGGGAAGGCUGAAACUUCAGAUAUUUCUGCCACUGAAAGAGUGAAAAUGGCCAUAUUAAACACCACAGCUACAAUUCCAGAUAUUGAAAUUAAUGUCCCUACAUCUCAAGUUGAAGUCGAAGCUCGUACAGGAAAGCUUGGCACACCACAAAUUUCAAAUAUUGCCAUAUGUUUACCUAGUCUUGAAAAAGAAUCCUAUGUGGCUAUUGAGGGAGUAUCCAAGGCAGAAAUAAAACUUCCUUCUGUUGAAAUAGCUACACCAAAGCUUGAUGAAUUUACCCUGACUAAAACUGAAGGCAAAGCUAAAGCUGAGCCAUCUGAUUCAGGUAAAAUAUUUCAAAUCAAAAUCCCACAUAUAGGUCUGCCAUCAAAAUCUCCUGAAGAUGAUUUGGACACUAAGAAACAUGAUCAGAAGAAACCUUCUGAGGACAAAUUUAAAAUGCCUUCUAUGAAAUGUCCAGAAAUUGGUUCUAUUGUAUCUAAAGGAAAAGUUGAAGGGGAUAUUUCAGAAAAGAAACCUGCUAUGAAAUUACCCUCUCUUGACAUUUCUGCUCCUAAAGUGGACUUUGAUAUAAAUAUUCCUAAAGGAAAAUUGGAUUCAGAAAUCCACAUAGGACUAGAUGCUGCAGCUCCUGCAAUUCCUGAUGUAACUUUAAAAAUGCCCACAAUAACCCCCUCUAAAACAGGAAUGAAGGUUAGAGAAGCAUAUACUGAAUCACCUAAACUCAAAACUGGAAAAAUGCAGGCUGAUAUUAAAACAGGGACAACUGAAUCAGAAAGUUCAUUAGAAAUUCCAGAUGUGACACUACAAAUGCCCAAAAUAAGCAUUCCUUUUCUUGGAACAAAGGCAGAAACUGAACCACCCCAUGCAGAAGUGAAAACAGGAAAAAUUGCUGGGGAAAGUCCAGAUAUCAAAUUGAAAGGACCAAAAAUCAAAUUACCUAGUUUUGGAAUAUCUUUGUCCAAAGAAAAAUCUGAUAUAUCUCUUCCUGAAAAGCAUAUUUCAGAGAAAGAAUUUGAGACUGAAACAGAGGGAAAACCAAAAAUCCCUCUAAUUAAGGUGCCAUCUGUUGAUAUUUCCUUGCCUAAAGUCCCAGAUAUUCAUUUAGUGAAACAUGAUGUUACGCUACCUACAUUCAAAACGGAUAUAAAGGCUCCUGAGAUUGAAGUUCCGGAGGGUGGGGAGUUGCAGUUAAAAAUGCCAAAAAUAUCCAUACCUAAGUUUGACCUGUCAGCAAAGGUUGAAAAACCUCUGUCUUCUUCUCCAAAAGUGGCAAAGCAUGAUAAAAAGACAGAUACAAAGAUUUCAGAAGUGGACCUUGCCGCGAAGGGAGACAAAAUGACUUUCUCAAAGGUAGAUAUUUCUCUUCCUAAGAUUAAAGCUGGUGAUUGGGACAUUCUUUCCUCAAAAACAGAUGUUGACAUUUCAGUAGAUAAACCAAAAUUAGGAAUGAAAAUCCCCAAAGUGGUAUCUGAUGCAAUAGCAUUUAAUGGCAUAGCAGAACCAAAAGUUGUCAUUACUUCUGUUAAAGUGCCUGAUCUCGAGAUAGUCACACCUAGAGUUGAUGUUGAUUUAACAAUGCCAAAAGUGAAAGCUGAAGCUUCAGAAUGUCUUAUUAAAGAACCAGAGUGUAACUUGCAGCUGCCAAAGUUAAAUCUACCUAAGCUUAGUGAUGUAGCAAAAGAUAUGGCUGUUGAACUCGAUGUACCAAAGAUAACAGGUGAUGUCUCUUUUUCACAACUUGCUGCUCAUUUGAAGGGGCCCGAAAUAGAGGGGAUGGAUGUGGUUGAUGCAGGUGCAAAGAUUAGCCUACCAAAAGCUUUGUUAGGAUUUGGAAAAUCCACAGAGGAUCAGGUUUCUAAAGUAACUGGUGUUGAGUUAAAGGAAAAGACAGAUUUAAAAGUCCAUAAAGAAAGAGCAGAUGCACAGGAAAAAGAUGUCACAAUCAAACUACCCUCUGUCCAACUACCAUCUGUUGAAAUCACUACACCUAAAAUUCCUGAUAUUGAUAUUGGUGCAAAUAUACCAAAGGUUGGUAUAGAAGUACCAAGUACAGAGGAAAGGACAACAGGGGCCCCUAGUGACAAAGAUGUAAAAAAGUCCACAAAAUUUUCCUUUCACAAACUUGGAAUAUCUGGACCCAAAAUUAAAAAAGGUGUAGAGGUAGAGACCAAAGCAUCGCAUGUGGAAGGAGAAAUAGAAAUGCCAUUAAAGGGACCAAAAGUUAAAAUGCCCAAAUUUGGAAUAACUUUUCCAAAAGCAAAGCAUGAUUUAGACACAGACAUUAGUAAAUCAAGCAAAAAGAAAGCAGAUGUCUCAGUUUGCCAAGAUGAUGACUCAUCUGGAGGGAAGAUAAAACUUCCAUCAGUGAAACUUCCCUCUGUUGAUAUUUUAACUCCAAAAGUAGAAGUUGAUAUUGGAGUUUCAAAGGAGGAUACUCCUCUUGUUACAGACAAACCAGCUUAUAUUAGUACUGACAUCCCAGAUAUUAAGUUUAACCUUCCCAAAUUUUCACUGCCCAAGUUUGGCAGCAAGAUCAAAGGAGGUGAAAUGGAUUUUGCAAUGGAAAGUUCUAAAUCAGGAGAGAAGACGUCACCUGCUAAGGUUUCUAGAGGAGAUGUUGAUGGAUCCAGCAGUGAUAAAACAGGAAAAGAGCUAAAAAUGAAGAUGCCAGCAAUCAAACUGCCUUCAUUUGGAAUAUCAAAGAAAGGAACAGGUAUUUCAGAAGCUAACUUAGAGGUGGCUCUUCCUGAAUGUAAAAUUCAAAAGUCAAAAGAUCAUGAGAAAGAAUCAAAAGUGGAGACAGAUGUUAAGGAAACAAAUGGGAAAACAACUUUCAUGAAAAUGCCAACAUUUAAAAUGUCUCCUAAGAUAAAAGAACCUGACGUCAGCCUUGGUAUGAAAGGUUCAAAAGAGGAUCUCCACCUACCUGAUGUUCAUGUGAAAGUUCCCCAUAUUGCAUUGCCUUCCAUUGGAAUCAAAAGUGAUAAAUCAGUUGAUGUUCCACUAAUAAAGUCAGAGGCAAAAAUAGCAGAAUGGGUUCAAGAGAAAGAAAUUCACUUAACAGAAAAAAUAAAGAUGCCUUCAUUGGAGGUCUCAGCCCCCCAGGAAAUUCAGUCAUUGCAAAUUUCAGUUCCAUGUGUUAAAGCAGAUGUUUGCACCUCUUUAUCAGAGGUUGAUCUUUUAGGUACAAAAGCACAUGAAGGAGAUAUUAAAUUACCUAAACUGACUACAUUCAAUGUUUCUGCCCCAAGUGUGGAGUUAGAUAUCAGUUUGCCAAAAACUUUAGAACACAAACCUGAUCUUGCUCUUGAAAAGUCAGAAAUGGGAUUAAAAAUUCCACAAGUUGAAUUACCAAAGCUUGGGGAAUAUGGCAAAGAUGGGUUUGGUGUCAUAGAGACUGAAAGUGCUAAAUAUAAAACAAGUGAAACAGAGGGAAAGUUAAAGAUCAAAAUGCCUCAUGUUGAUAUCUCUGUGCCCAAAAUCAAACCAGAUGAAGAAGACAUACCAUUCAUAGAAGGAGAGAUAAAAAUGCAUGGUUACGAUUUUGAAUCAAGGUCCAAAGAGGAAACAUUCAGUCUACCCUCUGUAGAGUUGCCAAAAAUGUCUACUCCUAAAAUUCGAGCUCCGGAACUUGAACUUGAUAUUAGCCUAAGCAAGGAAGGCGACAGAGAUGCUGAGAUAAGCAGCCCCGAAGGCAGACCAUCUGAUCUAAAAUUCAAAAUGCCAAAAAUAAAAUUGCCCAAAUUUAGUGGUUCUACUGGUGUUGAAGAAAGUGCCAAAGUGGAUGCUAAAACCUCAAAAACAGAGGAAAGUGCAGGUUCUGGGAUUACAGGCUUCAAGCUUAAAUUGCCUAAACUGCAUGUGGGUUCUCUAAGAGCUAAAGAAGUGGAUGAAGCAUCCAUGGAAAUAGAAAGUGAUGAAAAAAUAAUCAAAAAACAAGAUAAAAAGGCUACAGAUCAUGAAGAUUCAGAAGAUAGUAGAGGGUUCAAAAUCAAGAUGCCUUCAUUUGGUAUAUCUAAGGACAGCACAGAUACUUGCACAGAACCCUUGCACUCAGCACCAGAUGGAGCUGAAUUAAAGUUUAAGAUGCCUAAAGUCACUAUUCCUGAUGUUGGAUUUUCAGGAAGUAAAGCUGGGGACAAUGAAAAAACCUUGGAAAAGGAACAUAUUAAAACAGAUGUUGAUAAAGAAGUCAAAACAAAAGGCUCUAAUUCAACCACUGUUGACAAUUUAGAAAUGGAUUUAGGUCUGAAACUUCCAAAAGUAAAGAUGCCAUCUAUUGGCAUGUCAGUUCGAAAGGCAGAUGAUGACGUGAAUAUGUCACAUGAAGGGGAUAAAGAAGCAAAGAAACCUUUGUUUAAGGUACCAGACCUGGAAAUCUCCACCUCAAAGAUGAAAGCUCGUGCAGAAUAUGAUGUGGAUGGAACACUAGAGCACAGUCUUUCUAAGGAAAAAGAAAUGGUUUCUAAGAAAAAACUUAGUAACAAAAUCAGUGAAGAUAGUAAAGAUUUUGAGUCAUCUGACGAGGAUUCUGGAAAAAAAUACAAAGUAAAAUUGCCCAAAUUUGCAAUUAGUUUACCCAAAGCUGUUCACGGUGAUGUUGAAAUUUCAGCACCUAAAUUAAAAUCAGAGGGUAAAGAGUCUGAAGCAUUUCUGAAAGGCAAAAGUUUAGAACAUGAUAAUCAAACAGGAAAAAAGGUGAAAAAAGGUUUUUUCUCAGUGGGAAAAAACAAAGAGAAACAUUUUGCUCUCCUAAUGCCCGAUGUAGAUGCAUCAUUAGAAAGAGAGGGUCCAGAAAUUAAAAUUAAAAUGCCAAGAAUAAAAAUGAAGCCUUCUUUUGGAAUGUCACGAGGUAAGGGGAAGGAAGUUAAUGGAGAGUUUGAUAGUUCUGCAAAGGAAGAUACUGACAUUGAUAUUAGCCAUGAUGGCAUGACAAAGUCUUCAAAGAUAAAGUUUCCUAAGUUAGGAUUUUCUAACAAAACAAACUCUGGUGACAUUAACAUUAAUGGCCUGAAUGGUGAAACUGACGUGUCAGCACCAAAUGGAGCACAGGAUGGUAUGGUGAAAAUUGGAAAAAUAAAGUUACCAAAGGUUGAAUUUUCCUCACCUCAUAAGGUUAAGGAAACAGAUGGUGAAAUGAACCUAAAGUUGGUCAAAGCAGAAGAGCAAGAUUCCAAAGAGGAGGGCAAAGAGAAUACACUCACCACCAAAUUUAAAUCACCUAAAAUCACUUUUUCUGGGUUUAAGAAGAAAGAUAAAGGGGAGGAACAACUCAGUUCUCCAACAAGAACAGAGUUGACAACACUGGAAAAUAUUAAGGAAGGAGAAGGAAAAACUGGGAGAGCUAAAAUUUCGCUGGGUUUCCUCUCAGGCAGAUCUAAAGGUGAAUACACAGUGGAUAAUAGUGGAAUAAAACAGGAAAAGGGGUCCAUGGUGGAGGCCAAAGAAAAAUCAGUCAUGUACAACUUGCCUAAAUUAUCUCUGAGUUCCAAAGCAGGAACAGAGGGAGAAGUUAACACUGAAAUUGUUGAUGAAAAUUCUCAAGAAGGUAUAAAAAUCUCCCUACCAAAGGUGGGCUUUACUACUCAAGAUGAAGAACAGAGAGUAGAAGAAGAGUUGACUGGGGGCAUUCUGCAAAUAACAAAGAUGAAGCAAGUUAAGACAGUGACAGAAAAAACUCUGGCUUUAUGAACAAGAGUUAACAGCCCAGCUCAGGGCUUGAUAUAACAGUUUUACACUGACAAGACACCACCUAAUUUCUGCUAUAAUGUCUUUUGUAUUGUUUUCCAGCAUUACCCAGUAGCAGGACUAAAAGCAAAUCCAAUUCUGUGCAUGUAUGUGUUUUAAAGAGUCUAAUAAAUUAAACAUGUCUGUCAGCAAAUAUAUCAGAAUUAAAACGCAGAGCAAAUGGUUUUGAUGACAACAGUCUUUCUGGGUCAAAUGCUAUCCCUGACAAUACAAAUUCGAUGUAAAAUUAAAUUGUAAUAGAUAUAUGUGCAAGAGUAUAUAUAUUUUCAUACACAUACACACAAUUUCAGAGGAAACUAUCUCUAAUAUGGAGUAAGGGAUAACCCCAAAGCCUUGUUCGUCAACAUACUGACAUGGACUGUUUGGAACGCUUUGUCAAUUUUCACAGAAACAUCAGUUGCUUUACCCUGUUUGAUAAUGCUGUACCUCUUUGAAAGAAUGGCACUCUAGAGACCAAUCUGUCACUGCUAAGAAACAAGAAUUACCGAUGGGAUCAGUCUCUAACCCUGAUUGUGGCACCAUCUUUAGCCUGCGCAUAUACAUUACAGCAAGCAGAAAACCAAAAAAAAAGGUUCUGUAGAAUGAUCCAACCUAUGAACUGUUCAUAAAGGCAAGGUUAAACAGUCGGGCAAAGGGUCUUGACCACAUUUUGCCAGGAUGUGUGCAUUUGUACUGAUCUUUUAGAUAUGGUUUGUUUAUCUUACCUUUAAAUAGCAUAUAGAAUUAUGUGCUGGGCCUCAGUUAUAAUGUGUUUCUAAUUUUUAUGUAUGGAAGUGGUUAAUUAAUCAAAGUGCUUGUGUUUCCAAUAGCUGGUAAACACUUUCUUGGAAACAAGAGUAUUAAAGGACCUGCUCACCCAAUAUAAAAAGCCUUUAUCAAAGAUGUGUAAUCCCAAAAUGUUAUUCCAUACAUGGUCACAAUAAAUGGGGUUCCCUGCCGGCAUAACAUUUUAUAUAUGUUGUGAUGUGUGUCUAGCAUCAAUGGGGUUUGCACUACUGUUGCAUUUUGGUGGAGGUGGGACUAUAUAAUAUUGCUGGACUUUAAACACUUUUUUGAUGGAUUACAAAUGCUAGCUCCAGGAAUCUGACCACCAAUGCUGUAUAAUUUUUUAUUUCAUUUGUUUAUUGGUAACACACAUUGUGACAAGGAGACAGGCAGGUAGUCAAUUGAUGUCUUCAGGAUAUUUUGCUCAAGUAAAGACACUUAUGCUUGUGUAGAGGACCCUCAGUUACCAAGCAGUUGGUGCACUUAGUAGAAAGCUGAUAGUCAGGUAAUGAGUUGAAAAAUAAUGGUGCUGUGGUAUGUUAAAUGUUUUUGCUUUUAGCAGAGUACAAUAUAGUAAACAAUUACUAUGCAUGCACUUUUGCUCUCUCUCUCUCUCUCUCUCUCUCUAUAUAUAUAGUUAUAUUUAUAUAUAAAUCAUGCACAAAAUCAUUGUUAGCUUCAUUUAGUGACACUAGCCAGCUACUAAAAGCUGUUUUGACCUGUCAGGAACAAGAUGGUGGGCAUGGUGGUGUGCAGACCCCUGUGAUCAGGGUCGGAACUAGUGGUAGGCAGAAGAGGCACCUGCCUAGGGCGCAACGGUGGGGGGCGCCAGGCAGGUACCUCUUCUUUUACCUACAUCUAGUUCCGGACACUUUCCCCCACUGCAGUGAGCCCGGCAACCCCACCACCCUGUAUCCGUGCAUUGUGCACUUGUUUGCACAUGCUCGCGUGCACACAUACGGGAAGGGGGGGGGUGCAACAAGCUGACAAGAUUGCCUUGGGCACCCGUCUGGCCUGGCACUGCCUGUGAAGUUACUUUUGAUCAAGAAGUAUCUUUAGACACAUUAGUGGCCAAGUUAUAACAGGAACAAGGUUUAGUUAAUGGUCAGAAAAACAGCGCUACCUGGUUGCUGUGAUUUACUAUAAUAUAUAUGAUAAGUAUGUGCCUAUGAUUGUUAUGCCCUCUCCAUUACUAUUUGCAAAACUAUUACCAUAUAUGCUUCGUUUAUGCAUCGACUAUCACAUAGUUUAGAAUGUACACACCAUCAUUUUUUAUCUGAAACGGUCACAUUUUAUUUUGUAAUAAUCCCCCUGCUGAGUCUAAUACUAUAAAUCCCAUGUCUGGCCAAUGUUUUGUCUAAAAGUUUAUGCUUGGUAGAUAGGUCUGGAUUUGCACUUCAGUUUGGCUUCUUAAGGUCACAUUUCAUUAUCGGUUAAGUUAUUGAUCAAAGUUACAUAUCUCCACUCCUGGUAUGGCAAAUCUCACAGAUACUGAUAAAAAUAAAUUUGGAAGUGUAAAGUAUGCACUAGAUUUAAUACCCAUAGCAACCCAUCAUAUAUUAACUUUUAUAAAGGCUGUCUGCUUGUUGGUUGAAAAUGGUUACUGGACCUGUAGUUUUGUAGUCAGUUUUAGAACAAUCAAGGAAACGUAAGAAACUUAAAAGGUAGAGUUUUAAUAAAGGAAAAAAUAUAUAUUAUUAAUAAAUCCCAAUUCUGCCAUGCCCCUUGAAUGAGAAAAGUUGCAACAGCAAAAGGGGCCAAUUUACUAAUAUUCAAACUUGGGAAUUGAGAGGUUGAAGAUAAUUUAAUAAUGGUUUUUAAAGUUAUGACUGAAUCUCUGUUAAAUGAUACUCACGUAUGAGUAAAUUGUGUCAUCUCCAUGAUCCAAUAUUCUUGAAGGGAUGGAUGAAAAGACAGAUUAAACUACAUGUAAACAAAACUAUGUUUACAAAAACUGCAUUUUUCCAUCCUCCAGACCACCAACUUGCCAGAAGGAAGUGGCCACAUUUGUUAACCCUGAGAGAUCAUUCCAAAGUGGCAAGAAGUUCACAAGAAGUUGAUCAAGCUGAUUUCUCUCCAGUAGAAAACUAGAAGUUAAUGGGCCUCAUGGUAAAACUCUGGAGUCCCCUGUGGUGCAGAGAAAAUGGUACUUUGAUAGCUUUGAUUCUGUCUCAGUUCUGGCUGGACCCCACAGCAGCCACAUGAUCUGCUAUCAUUAUUACUAAGUUCAUGUUUUUGCAAAGAGGUCAUUGGGACUAAUUUACUAACACAUGAGCUACUGUAAAUUGAACAAGUGCCAGUCAUUUGAUUUUGGCUUUAAUAAUUGGUUGUUAAUGCCAACUACACUGCAUUCAGCACCUCUGUCUGUUUGUCACAAUAUAUUAACAAUAACAGCUAAUAACAGAAAUAAUAGAGAACUUUUUAUUUCCACAUUUUAUUGCUUCCCUGUUUAUUGACAUUUGACAGUGUUUAAGGUAGCAGUAAUAUUCUGACCAUUAACUAAAGAGAAAAAAGCUAAAACAAAUGUUACAAUGCCAUUUUAUUGGAAGUUUGUCACUGCAAAUUGAAUGGAUAGAAUGGGGGUGAGAUUUUACGUAUUAAGCUCUAAACUCACAUUUUGAUAAAUCAGCCCUUAUUAAAUAAGCUAGCAUUCGAGAAGAAUAGUCACACAAGUUUUGUCGCAGUUAUUUUUUUCAUGAACUUCAAUUUUUAUAAAUCUGAAAGUGAAACAAUAGCAAGGUGCUUCAAGUUGGUCUUUUAGACAUUCACACCUCUGCAUUCUGCUUAAUGCUCUUUAUUUAAGUUAUCUUAUUACUCAACAUCAUUUACAUCGGUCAGAAAAACAUUUUUGUUUAGUACCAUCAAUCUCUCAGCAAUCCAGGAUGAAGCCAGGGGCAUACUGGGUGUUUUAAUCACCACUACUGUUAUUCUCACUGCCCCCUUGCAAGAUAAAGGCAAUAAUGUGUCCCCUGUUGUAAUACCGUGGGAAUAUUAGAAGUGACCUCAAAGUUCCAUAGCUUGUAAAAAGGUACUCAGCUUGCAGUUUAUAUUUACUAUCAUUAAAUAUCAUUAUUGUGAACGCUACUGCCUGUAUAUUGCAGGGGAGGCAUAUUGAAUUCUGCCAAUUUUUCAUAGCAGAAACAAGGUAAGACUGGGCCUGCGGGAGAAAAACCCGGUGUGCCCUGUGGUCCCUGCCAAGCCAGGCCCACACCCUCCACUGGCAAAUGUGAGCAAGUGUGUAUGCAGUGUACAGGGGAUGGGGGCUAGUGUUGGAGUAGGAACUUGUGACUGUGGUGGAGGGCCCCCAGGUGGCAGUCUGUUAUUUCCCUGCUGACACCAUACUGGCAUGUACAUCAGCCUCAUGUUGGUUAUGGGGUCAUAACCAACAAUAGCCCACUCCCAGGUCUAGUAUAAAUGUCUUCUCUGCCAUAUCCACCAGCAAACCUUUAACAGUAGUCGGAUGCUAAAUUUAAACUAUAAUGUAUUAUGUUAAAGUAUGCAUUUCUCCUAGAUUUUAAAAUAGCCUUUUUUUUAAACAAUGUUGCCAUUGGAAGCCAUAAAGACACAUCCAUGUGCUUUUCAGCCAACCAUGCAGCAAGCAGAAGUCAGCAGUGCACUUUCACUUUUUUAAUUCAUCUCAGGGGAAUGAACAGUAUGUAGGGUGGCCCUGUCUAGUUUUUUAAGGUGUGGUGUGUUCUUGAUCCUAAGGUUACCUGAUCAUUCGUACUAUCAUUAACACAUUAUUACAUAAUUAAUGUAAGUUGCCCUCUAGUUCUUUUCUUCCAUUUUUCACAUGCUCUGCUGGUAACCUUGCAUUAUUCAGCACAUGAAUAAAGGACUGUGAUCCAUAAAAACCCCAUGGAGGCCUGGGUCUGGCCAAAAUGGCUCAAAGAUUGGGAGAAGUAUAAUCACAGGUGCAAAGUUUGCACAGAUCUAGUAACCCAGAGCAACCACUCAGCUGUUAUAGUUUACUAAUUAGCUGUUGGAGGAUUGGUUGCUGUAGAUUACUAGACCUGAACUAAAACUGCACAUUUUGUUAAAACUGCACAUUUUGUUAAAACUGCUAUAUUUAAUAGAUGUUAAAACCAUUCUUACAUUAUGAAAUAAAACCUCUGUCAGGAGUGAGACAUUUAAAAAAUGGCAGAAUAAUCAAUAUAAUGAUUCCAUACUAUUAAGGUGCAAGCCUCAAUUGUUCACAUGCAAAUGUAUCUAUUAUAUUGUGUCUCCUUUAAAUAAGUCUACUUAAAAUUUACUAUGAUGCCACUCCCUUCUAAGCCUCCUCACAUAACAACAUGGUUACUUGUAUUUUCUGUGGUCUUUCAGGGGGUGAUUUAUCAGAGUUCGAGUUUGAUGGGGGGGUUCUAAGUGUUUUUUAGCACUACAACUCGCACAAUUCAAAUUAUUGUUCACAAACUUGAAACUUGAACUUGAUUUUUUAUUUAAGGUAAAAAAAUCCAAAAACCUGAAUGUAAAAGGUUGUGAGUUCAUGUAGAAGUCAAACCAUAUUUUCACUUAGAAAGAUUUUGAGGUUUUCUAAUUUUUUAAAGUUUGUAAGCUUGUAAAUUCGAGAUAUUUGAGUUUUUUGAUCAAAGCAUUAUCCUUAUUAAUAAAUAAGCAAGCAAUCGAAGUGCAAGUUUUUUUUGAAUUAGAAAAACAAUCUUGAAUUCACAAACUCGAAAACUGAUAAACAUACCAAUAAGUGUGAGGGGCUUUAAUAUCAGUUGGUAUUGACUUGGUGAAGUUUAAUCAGAAGUGGGCAACAUAAAUAAGAAAAUACUAGAUUUGUUUUGAUAACAUCAUAAUCCUUUGUGUGGAAACAAAUCAUGGUAUUAGUCCUGAAGUUUAGGGUAGGGUAUAAUCUUGAGAGGAGAUCUGUGUAUGUAUGAUAUUGCAAUAUAACCGUUUCCAUACCAUGUGAACAGAGAAAUGACUACAAGAUGUAUAUUGUCUUUUUGUAAUAGCUUUAUUGUUAGAUAUUAAAAAUUCAAGUGAGUUUUUCUUUGAAGUGCUUUAUUGAAACAGACAUCUCAUUGUAAAGUACUGACUAACCGCUCUCCUGGAUUUAUUUUGUUCUAUUUUUUGUAAGCUACGUUUUGACAUAAUAAUCAAAAAUUUAAUAAAUGUUUAUUAAACUUUCAAAUGAAAACA